AUGGGAUGGGGUUUUGUUGUAAUUGGUUUAAUUUCAUAUAUGGGUUUUCUCAAUGCUGCUGUAAUUUCAAAGCUUCUUCCGCAGUCGGAUAAUGCUAUCAUCUCUGCCAUACAAAAUGACUGGUAUUAUUGCUUCUUGGUGCCCUUGACAAUUCCGAUUCUCAUUGUUUCGCAUUUCCACAUAAUAAUGUAUGACACAUAUCCGUGCCCAGUGAUGCACAAAGAAGACACUUUUCCCGGCAGAAUCCCAACUGGAUUUUCUAGUGGCUGGACCAGAAUGAGGCAGUGUCGAGUUUCCCACGUCCUCCGAUUACCAUCUGCACGUGCACGCCAUGUGCUAGCUAGCCUUGUGGCAAACUAUGUCUUGCAACUUUCUCUUGUAUGCAUGUUUUCUAUGCUGAAAAUUUGCACAAAAAUGUCCCUAGUUGCCAAGUUUAUUAAUGUGCCAUUUUACAAGCGGUGCAUCGAUGGUCACCGCAGAGAUUACUAUCAUCCUCCAUCUGCAUUUAUGGAAGGCGACAUGGAUGAUGGAGAUAACAAUGAUAUCACAACUGCAUUUUUAGAAGGUGAUGGAGACGACGAUGACGGAGAUUAUGAUUAUGCCCCGGCUGCAUAA